AAGAAAGCGACAAACACACAGAGAGAUAGAGAGAGAGAGAGCCAUUUCACUCAUGGCUAACUCAAGCCUACCACCAUACCACCCCACCUCCAAACCCUCUAAGCCCAUCUGCGGCACCUCCUUCUCCUGGAAAAGCACCAACCUUUUCUCCCUCGUCGUCUUCCUCUGCAUCAUCUCCUACUUCCUCGGCAUCUGGCAGCACGGCGGCUCCACCGUCCCCAUCAAGGACACCGCCGCCACCGUCGCCGCCGCCAACGCCGCAUGCAAUAUCGCCACGACCAACAACAGCACGAAACUCGACUUCAACGCGCACCACAGCCUCGACGAAGCCGGCCCCACUUCCCGUGAAACUUACCCUCCAUGCAACGCGAUGUACAGCGAGUACACGCCGUGCGAGGACGCCAACAGAUCGCUUAGAUUCAGCAGAGACAGGUUGAUAUACAGGGAGAGGCACUGCCCGGAGAAGAGCGAGCUCUUGAAGUGCCGCGUGCCGGCGCCGUACGGCUACAAGAACCCGUUCGCUUGGCCGGCGAGCAGGGAUCUCGCGUGGUACGCCAACGUGCCGCACAAGGAGUUGACGGUUGAGAAGGCGGUGCAGAAUUGGAUCAGAUAUGACGGCGAUAAGUUUAAGUUCCCCGGCGGAGGCACCAUGUUCCCUAAUGGUGCUGAUGCGUACAUUGACGAUAUUGGGAGGUUGAUUAAUCUCCAAGAUGGCUCUAUUCGGACCGCCAUUGAUACAGGCUGUGGGGUUGCAAGUUGGGGAGCGUAUCUUCUGUCGCGUAACAUAAUGACAAUAUCAUUCGCACCAAGAGACACCCACGAAGCACAAGUGCAAUUUGCUCUGGAGCGAGGAGUUCCUGCUUUGAUUGGAAUCAUUUCCUCCAAGCGUCUUCCUUACCCUUCUAGAUCUUUCGACAUGGCCCAUUGCUCUCGCUGCCUCAUUCCAUGGGCCCAAUAUGGUGGGAUUUAUUUGAUUGAAGUUGAUCGGGUACUCCGGCCCGGUGGGUACUGGAUUUUGUCCGGCCCGCCAAUCCGCUGGAAGAAAUAUUGGAAUGGCUGGAACAGAACACGGGAGGAUCUCAAUGCUGAACAGACAACCAUCGAGAAUGUCGCUAAAAGCCUUUGCUGGAAAAAGUUGGUGGAGAGAGAUGAUAUUGCAAUCUGGCAAAAACCCACCAAUCAUUUGAACUGCAAAGUUAACCGCAAACUCACCCAGAAUCCUCCUUUCUGCCCUGCUCAAGAUCCCGACAAGGCCUGGUAUACAGAAAUGGAGACAUGUUUGACACCCCUGCCUGAAGUUUCCAACAACCAAGAAACAGCCGGCGGAGAGGUGGCAAAAUGGCCGGAGAGGUUACAUGCUAUACCGCCGAGGAUUAGCAGGGGAACUGUGGAAGGCGUGACAGCUGAAGUUUUCCAGCAAGAUGUAGAGCUAUGGAAGAAGAGGGUGUCGUAUUACAAGAAUGUGAACAAUCAAUUAGGACAACCUGGGAGGUACCGAAACGUUUUGGACAUGAACGCUUACCUGGGUGGCUUCGCUGCUGCUCUAAUUGAUUACCCUCUUUGGGUGAUGAAUGCUGUUCCUGUUGAGGCAAAGAUUAACACCCUUGGAGUCAUAUACGAACGGGGAUUGAUCGGAACAUACCAGAAUUGGUGUGAAGCCAUGUCUACUUAUCCAAGAACCUAUGAUUUCAUUCACGCUGAUUCUGUGUUUAGUCUCUACAAGGACAGAUGUGAAAUGGAAGACAUUCUACUGGAAAUGGACAGAAUUUUGAGACCAGAAGGAAGUGUAAUCUUCAGGGAUGAUGUUGAUAUAGUGAUAAAGAUCAGGAAUAUUAUUGAUAGAUUGGACUGGGAGAGUCAAAUUAUUGACCAUGAAGAUGGGCCUCAUCAGAGAGAGAAGCUUUUAGUUGCAGUGAAGAAAUAUUGGACAGCUCCUGCUCCUGACCAAGAUGAAUCCAGCAAAAUACAUUAGAUCUUCUGUCAAAUUUCCAGCUUACAUUUUUCUUUUUUCUUUUUUUCCUUUUUGUGAUUUACUGAUUCUUUUGGUCAAUAUCAUUUUUUAGAAUUGUGAUCGAUGUUAUAUUAAUAUCGCUUUUA